GGUGGGUAAGACGGACAACAGCAGAAGCUGCGUGCCGUUCGCCGCCUCUGAGCUCCACGACAAGCGGGCCUGAGGUGGAACUGGUGCCGCUGUCUCCUGAAUCUAUGCCUUUUCUAAACCUAAUUGUGUUGCAUAUUCAUUAUAAAGUUGACAUCAUUGCAAUUCUACAUAUAAUGAGAUAUGCAUGCAGAGUGGGUUGGAGCCAGAGGGAUAGAGAAGAAGAGAACACAGAGACAAAUCCAAGCCAUGAGGUGCUAGUAACACCUACUGCUUAAAUAAGAAAUAUUGUAUCCAUUAGAACCAUGUGUAUGUACACCUGCCAACUCAGGAUAACACUUCAUGCAUCUGAACUGGAAUCUAGACCACAAAAAUUUAUGCCAUAAGUCUUUGAGAUGGCAUAAGACUUUAUUUCUGCUGCAACAGACUCACAUGGAUAUCCCUCUGAUUUUGCAUGAAAAAUGUCUGCAAAUGCUCCAAGACACGUAGGAGUGUGGCGACAAACCAGAGCUCUUUUAUACAAGAACUGCCUAGUUAAAUGGAGGACUAAAAAGAGUAGUGUUCAGGAAGUCCUACUUCCACUUUUCUUUUUAUUUUGGCUAAUAUUAAUGAGCAUGAUGUAUCCAAACAAGAAAUAUGAUGAGGUGCCUGAUUCUGAUCUUUAUUCUGUGGAUCACUCCAGCAUCUCUGAGUAUAUUGUUGGCUACACACCAGCAAACGAUGAGACAAGAAAAAUCAUGCACAAAAUGUCUGCAGAAUACUUUACAGAAGGAAUAAUUACAGAAGAAUUCCUAAGUGAACAUGAAAUGCAAGAGGCUAGUCUUCGCAACCCUCAAAAUUUUGUGGGUGUAAUAUUCAAGGAUUCUGUAUCCUAUCAUCUCAGGUUUCCGCCUGCAAAGGUUCCAGUAUCUGCAAUUUAUGUGGAAUCAAGAGCUAGUUGUCCAAACCCUUCAAAGACAUGUGAAGCUGAGGCAUACUGGCGCUAUGGAUUCACUGCUCUACAGAUCAGCAUUGAUGCAGCAAUUAUACAGCUGAAGACUAAUCAGUCAGUUUUGGAAGACCUGAAACUAACAAAUGCUGUCAUGAUGGGAGAGUCUGCCGUUAUGGAAAUAGAUAAUUUUCCUCGUGCAAUCAUUUUAAUUUACUUAGUAAUUGCCUUUUCACCCUUUGGUUAUUAUUUGGCAAUCCAUAUUGUGGCAGAAAAGGAGAAGAAAUUGAAAGAAUUUUUAAUGAUAAUGGGUCUUCAUGACACUGCUUUUUGGCUUUCUUGGGUCCUACUGUAUACCAGUCUGAUAUUUGUCAUGUCCUUUCUCAUGUCGGUCAUUGCAACAUUCUCUUCGCUCUUUCCCAAAAGUAGCAGCUUUGUGAUAUUUCUUCUUUUUUUCCUAUAUGGAAUAUCCUCCGUUUUCUUUGCAUUUAUGCUGACUCCUCUUUUCAAAAAAUCAAAACAUAUUGGCACAGUUGAAUUUUUGACAACUCUGGCUUUUGGUUUUGUGGGCCUGACGAUUGUUCUGUUGGAGGAUUUUCCAAAGUCAUUUGUGUGGUUUCUAAGCCCUCUGUGUCAGUGCACAUUUUUAGUUGGUGUUGCACAGGUGAUGCAUCUAGAAGAUUAUGAAGAAGGAACUGCUUUCUCAAAUUUAAGUCAUGGUCCUUUUCCACUAGUUAUUGCUCUUGCACUGUUGGCUCUUGACAGCAUGCUUUAUUUACUCCUAGCGGUUUAUCUAGAUCAGGUGAUUCCAGGGGAAUAUGGACUGCGGAGAAGCCCUUUUUUUUUCCUGAAACCGUCGUUUUGGUUAAAGCGAACAAGAAAUUACAAGGAAUUAUAUGAAAGCAACAUUAAUGGGAACUUAGAUUUCAGCGAGAUAAUUGAACCUAUAUCUUCUGAAUUUCAGGGAAAAGAAGCUAUCAGAAUCAACUGCGUGCACAAAACAUUUGUUAAAAAGGGUGAAAAUGUGGAAGCUCUAAAAAGUUUAUCCUUUGACAUAUAUGAGGGCCAGAUCACAGCAUUACUUGGACAUAGUGGAACAGGAAAAACAACCUUAAUGAACAUUCUUUGUGGAUUGUGUCCACCUUCUGAUGGCUUUGCAUCAAUCUAUGGAUAUAGAGUUUCUGAAAUUGAUGAAAUGUUAGAUGCAAGAAAGAUAACUGGAGUUUGCCAGCAGUUAGAUAUAUAUUUUGACGUAUUAACAGUGCAAGAAAAUUUAUCAAUAGUUGCCUCAGUUAAGGGGAUACCUCCCAAUGAUAUGAUACAAGAGGUCCAAAAAGUUUUGCUAGAUUUGGAUAUGCAGCCCAUUAAAGAUAAUCAAGCAAAGAAGCUAAGUGGAGGACAGAAAAGGAAGCUGUCAAUUGGAAUUGCAAUUCUUGGAGAUCCAAAGGUAUUACUCUUAGAUGAACCAACAGCUGGCAUGGAUCCAUGCUCACGACAUACCGUUUGGAACCUCCUGAAAAACAGAAAAGCCAAUCGAGUGACAGUGUUCAGUACCCAUUUCAUGGAUGAAGCAGACAUUCUUGCUGAUCGGAAAGCUGUGAUUUCCCAAGGAAUGCUGAAAUGUCUUGGCUCCUCUCUCUUCCUUAAAACCAAAUGGGGAAUUGGCUACCGCUUGAGCAUGCAUAUAGACAGGUACUGUAACACGGAAGGCACAGCAUCUUUGAUCAGGCAGCAUAUCCCUGGAGCCAGUUUGUUAAAACAGAAUGAAGAGCAACUUGUAUAUGCCUUACCGUUUAAAGACAUGGAUAAGUUUUCAGCACUGUUUGCUGAUCUAGACACUCAUUCCCAUUUGGGUGUUAUUUCUUAUGGAGUUGCCAUGACAACUUUGGAGGAUGUGUUCCUCAAGCUGGAAGUUGAAGCUGAAAUUGACCAAGCAGAUUUCAGUGUAUUUAACCCAGAACAAGCUGAAGAGGAAAUAGAUACAAAAUCUGUUGAUGAGUUUGAGCAAAGUCUUUUACUGCUUUCUGAGACAAAAUCUUGUGCCGUGAGCAAUAAGUCUCUUUGGAAAAAUCAGGUUUUUACUAUGGCAAAAGUUCAUUUCCUUAACUUAAAACGGGAAAUUAAAUCAGUGACAGCAGUGUUCUUGCUAUUCACAGUGUUUCUUCUUAUUCAGAUUUUUAUGUUUCUUGUACACCAUUACUUCAAAAAAGCAGUGGUCCCUAUCAAACUCUCCCCAGACUUAUACUUUCUUAAGCCCAAUGAAACUCAUCACAAGUACAAAACCAGUCUCCUUAUUCAAAAUUUCACAGGAUCAAACAUUGAUAAUAUCAUCAGAUCUCUUAGGAGCCAGAAUAUACUGACAGAGAUACUCAAUGGCAGUGAUCAUGGAUCAGCUGACUCCCAUGGUACAGCAUUAAAUGGCAGUGGUUAUGUGUCAUUUGCCCCACAUAAUGCAGGAUUAAAUGUAUUUAGUGAAGACAAGAGCUACAUCUUUACAGUGGCUUUUAAUCGUACCAUGGUACAUUCUUUACCUGUUAUGAUGAAUAUCAUUAGUAACUUAUAUCUGCACAGUUUAAAUGUAACUGAAAGCAUCCAUGUCUGGAGUAACCCUUUCUUUCAAGAAAUUACUGACACAGUUUUCACACUAGUGCUGUACUUUGAAGCUGUUUUACUAGGAGUCAUUGUAACUGGGAUGCCACCAUAUUUUGCCAUGGAGAAUGCAGAAAAUCACAAGAUUAAAGCCUAUACUCAACUUAAGAUCUCAGGCCUUUAUCCAUCAGCUUACUGGUGUGGACAGGCACUAGUCGACAUUCCUUUAUUUUACAUUAUUCUCCUUCUUAUGAUAGGCAGCUUAUUUGCAUUUCACCAUGGAGUUUAUUUUUUUCCUGAAAAGUUUCUUGCUGUGGUUUUUUGCCUUAUUGGCUAUGUACCAUCAGUAGUUCUGUUCAAUUAUGUUGUCUCUUUCACCUUUAAAACCAUACAAAAUACCAAAGAAUUUUGGUCAUUCAUUUUUUCAGUGGCAGCCUUGGUUUGUUCUGUUGUCAUCGAAAUAGCUUUUUUUAUGUGGUACUAUACGGUAGCUGCUGUCCUUCACACUUGUUUUUCGGUCUUCAUUCCAAUAUAUCCCCUUAUUGGAUGCCUCAUUUCUUUUAUAAAGAUAGCCCGGAAACUUGAUAACAAGAUGGAAAGAAAUUCAGAAAGAUUGCUGGUUUCAGUAGUAGCGCCUUAUUUGCAAUGUGUAAUUUGGCUGUUCCUUCUACGAUAUCUUGAGGUGAAGUGUGGAGGCAAAUCACUGAGAGAAGACCCAUUUUUCAGAACUCCUGUGAAACUCAAGCCCUGGAAAUUCCCAGAUGUGCCACACAACGAAGAUGAGGAUGAAGAUGUUAUGGCUGAGAGAUUGCGGGUUAAAGAGAUGACAACCUGCCAGAGCUGUGAAGAGAAACCAGCAGUUUUGGUCAGCAAUUUGCAUAAAGAAUACAAUGAAAAGAGAGAUUUUCUUCUUGGAAGAAAAAUAAAGAAAGUGGCAACAAACCAUGUUUCUCUUUGUGUGAAAAAAGGAGAAAUUCUGGGACUGUUGGGCCCAAAUGGAGCAGGAAAGAGUACACUCAUUAAUAUAUUGGUGGGAGAAGUUGAACCAACUUCAGGCCAGGUUCUGAUGGGAGAUUAUUCCUUAGGUGAAAAUAAUCAGGAUAAUUCCAUAAGAUUUGUGGGAUACUGUCCUCAGACAAACCCACUUUGGCCCGAUAUUACAUUGCAGGAGCAUUUUGAAAUUUAUGGUGCAAUCAAAGGAAUGAGUGAAAGUGACAUGAAUGAAGUCAUAAAUUGCAUUUCCAGUGCACUUGACUUUAAGGAACAUCUUCAGAAAAGUACAAAGAAACUUGGAACAGGAGUCAAACGAAAGUUAUGCUUUGCCUUAAGUAUGCUUGGUAACCCUCGCAUUACUCUACUGGAUGAGCCAUCUACUGGUAUGGACCCUAAAGCAAAACAACAUAUGUGGAAAGCAAUUCGUGCAGCCUUUAAAAGUAAAGACAGAGCAGCUAUUCUGACAACUCAUUAUAUGGAAGAAGCAGAGGCUGUGUGUGAUCGAGUCGCAAUCUUGGUGUCUGGAAAGUUAAGAUGUAUUGGCACAGUUCAACAUCUCAAGAGUAAAUUUGGCAGAGGAUAUUUCUUAGAAAUGAAAUUGAAACAUGUGCCAGAUACACAGAAGAAGGAGCAUCUUCAAAGGGAGAUUUUGCGCAUUUUUCCAAAUGGAAGUCAUCAGGAAAGUUUUGCAUCUAUUUUGGCUUAUAAAAUUCCAAAGGAAGAUGUCCACUCGCUUGCACUAUCUUUUUCUAAACUGGAGGAAGCAAAACAUGCUUUUAAUGUUGAAGAGUACAGCUUCUCUCAAGCAACACUUGAACAGGUAUUUGUGGAACUUGCCAAAGAGCAAGAGGAGGAAGACAGCAGUUUUGGAACACUAAACAGCACACUUUGGUGGGAACGAGCCCAAGAGAGAGUUGUUUUCUGAUCUAUCCCACGGUGUAGAAUUCAGCUGUUUCAUUCUUCAGGGUUUUUUAAAGGAUUGUUUUUGUUGUUUUUGAUUGUUUCCUUCUUUUGGAAUGUUUAUGAGCACAGUGAAUUGGAAACAUAUUCCCAAGUGAUUCAGAGUAUAAAUAAUACAUUCCAUCUAAAAAUGUGAAAUUGAGCCUAUUCACCUUAUUUGCCUUACAUACAUCAACAUUAUAAAUUUAUUUUUUACCUAUGAUGUGCUCUUUUUAUGUAAAAUGUUUUGUACUGAUGGCAGAAGUGGGCAAUGUAGAAUUUAAUGAUUUGGGGGCAAUUUAUGCUUUCUAUUCUAAAAUUUCAUACUAAAUUUCACUAGUCAUACAGUAUGUAAAAUCUUGAUUAUUAGAUGACAACUACAGAUAUUUUUUAAAAUACCUGAUUACAAGGCCUUUAAAUGUACUGCAUUUUAUGAAACUUUUCAAAAACCACUUUCUGAAGAAGUUGUAGGAACUUUUGUGACAUCAUUUAACAAUCUGCAGUAUAAUCUUGAUUGGUUUAUAUGGACUUUUUUGGAACAUUUUGCUAAAGGCCAUGUUGACAUCUUUCCAAGUUACCCUGUAAAUCUUAUCAUAAUUUUCUUUUGCACACAUUUUUAUGCAAGUUAACUCAUAGGAGUAAGUGGUUCUCUAAACUACCCAUCGUUUAGCAGUUUUUAUUUAGGUGGCACAUAACUCAGGUACACCUUAACUUGUAAUAAGCCACUAAAUAGAAUACUUAGCAUUUAUUUAAUCCAACUCUUUAAAAAAAACUCACAAUGAUAUUUUCUUGGUACAUGGUACAUUUAAUUCUCAAGUUGAUCUUACUGUGCAAUCCAGUAGGGAAAUCUGCCAAGAGGAAGGAAUGUUAUCAAUCUGGCAUCACAAAAUCCACUCCAUACAAACCCCGUUGGAUGACAGCUGAGAAAAAGGAAACAAAUGCAGCAAAAGGCGAAAGGACUCACCCAUAGCAUUCAUGGUAACCCUGCCCACAGCAGCAAAUCAAGACGCAGCUUCCAACAAGCAUGGCUAAUCUACCUACUACACACACUACCAAUCAGGGACAUGUAUGCACGACACCCACAGCUGCUGCAACAUCGUAAACAGACACAUGGUGCCACCAGUCCUGCAGCAAGGUGGAAAUCAACACCCCCUCAUUGCCACUUCAGGAUUCCAAUCACAGCACUCACAGAAACACAUGACAACAGCCUGAUCAGUGCAGCCUGAUCCCCCACCCCAAUGGCUGCUAUCCAAGAACCCACCCCCCCGCAUCAGACAUAUUAAUACUAAUAUCCAGCCCACCAUCCCUAGGCCUGGACCACCCUCUCCCAAGUUGCUAGGAGUGGAGCCCCUGCCUCAGAUGUUUGAGGCAGUGUCUCCUUCUCAGUCUGCUCAAGAUCUAGGCCCAAAGGCAUCAUCACAUGCAUGAGUGCUGGUCAGGUACCACCCAAUGGUUGGGGAGUGGUGUCACAGGAUCCUGGGCAGGUAGCUGGUGGAUGGCUAUCCACCAUGUUCACAAGGGCUGCUGGGCCUCAAAGGAGAAGCAUGCCAGCAAGCAGAAGAGAUGGAAGGGGCAAAUGAGGCCUGGGAAAGUGCCAGGCAUAGCCGCUGGAGCUCCCCUCUGUGGUACAGGGAGGAACCCCCAAAGCCAGAGAGAGACCUCAUGCCCACCUCCGGGGCUCAAGUCAAAUGUAAAGGAAGGGAUGUCCAGCUGUGAUGGUCAGAUGACUAUCACAAUCACAGACACAACUUUCUCUGCUAGCUGGCAUGACACCACCACCUCUAUCCCCUGUGAGAACCACAGGAAUCCAGCAAUAGGUAUAUGCUCUGAUUGUCACCUAUAUCUUUGGAAGAGGCCAGGAUCAAUCAGAAUUGGCAUCUACAAAAGCCACCUACACCACUUGCAAGACCCACCUGUAAGGGUCUUCGGUGUCACCCACUGUGCACUUCACAGGGCACAAUUGGGGUAAGGAUCUUUUUCUCAGCUCUCAAGGCUCUGUCCAAAGCCUGCUCAAAGGCCAUGCUGGAGUGGAUCAGCUCCCAGGCUCACUCUCUUGCUUGAAGACAGAAUCUGCUUGUGAGACAGUGGGAGCUGUAGGCACCGAACUUCUCAGCUGUGUUUACAUACCACUUCCUCAUCUGCUGGGUCUGUACCACUAUUGCAAAAAUCUGUCUUACGAUCAGACACUAUGAGUUGAUACACUUUGAGUUGGCCUUUUCCUCAGGUCAUCAGUUCAACUCAAACCAUUUGCACCUCCUGAAGGACCCUCCUCUGUUCCCUCCAUGGCAUCUAGGACAUAUCCAAACAAUGCUACUGGAGCCAAGCAGGCUCUCCCUGGGGUUCCCACAUCAUUCUGCUCAUCACACCAUCACCCGUAGGGAAACAGGACAGCCGAUCUCCUUUCCAGUAACCUCUAGGGGCAGCCAUAUUUUCUCUGUACAGUUUCCUUGUUUGUACUGGUGCCCUUUGCCCUGUGCUGAGGCUGUACCAUGCAUUAGUAGACUUUUUACUAUUGGUGUGUAGCACAUCCGUCUAGUCUACAAUUCCCAACCUAUCUGGCAAUGAUAUAUUGCAGCACAGGAUGAUAUAUGUUAUGGUUCAACACAGUCCAACAGCAGCCAAGAAUGCUCAUGGGAAUCCCUAGCACUGAGGAUAUAUUUCCUAUCUGACUUGGCAAAUGAAUAAACAAGACACUGAACAAUUCAGUUUUAUUUUAUCUUUGAAGCAUAGAUUGGUGCCUCAAUAGACAAUGGAAAUGGUGGUUGUGUUUCUAUUCUGGUGAGAUUGUGACAGAUAGUAGCCUGACUGCAGCAAGGACUAUGGGUCCUUCACACAGGUGGGGCCUGUGGUUUGGCAGCCCACAAAUAUAAGAAGGUUGGAGGAGGAGCUACUGAUAGUUGACACUGGUGCACUUUGAAAGUGUACCUGGAUGCAGCAGUGGAUGCUGAGUGAGGAAAGUGAGGUUUUGGGCAGUGCCUCCCAAGUGUUUGCAUGGCAACUGCAUCAAUCAUGUCUUCUAUCUAUGGAGGGAGGGGAAGCAUGUGCAGAUUUUUAACUUUUUGCUGUGAGUCUCCUUGGAGUGUAGCAAGAGGUCUCAUGCUUACGUAGACAUGGCUAUGAUUCUGCUAAAUCAACACACGCUUGUGAGAGCUGACUGUUGGGGAUGGGGAGCACAUGAUGGGCUAACACAUCCCCUUACCUUUGUGUGGCACUGGCCCAAGUGAGCAGAGUGUUGUUGCUGUGGUCUUUGUAUUGUGUCUCCGGAACGACAUACAGAUAUGUGUUAGUUUGGUGUACUUGCAUCUGCAACCUGAACUGGGUAAGAAAGAUGGGGCCUGGUAGUCCUUGGGUGGGGAUGGGGGGCCUGUUGAAGGGUGUUUCCACUUUCCUCAGCAUCUCUUCAGCUGGGGACUUGAGCUGUUCAGCAGUUUCCUACACAGACAUGUUUCCCCUUUUUCCUGGUCUAACCUUGAUGGGGGCUCUCCUGCACUACUGUUCUGUAGUGGUGUUUGCUGCUGGGUCAUGUUGUCCAAAGAGCUGCUGCAGGGUGCCUGUUUGGGAUGGAAGUCUGAUAAUACCAGUAGCAUUGUUGUUUUGCCCCAUGAGCUGUAGAGGCAAACUUUGCUCAAAGUGCCUUCUGUUUAUUUUGGUGCAAAGUGCCCUUUCACCAGAACCCCCCUCUCCCAAUUCAGAAUCCACACAGCCAGAGUAUGUGAAACAUAGCCACAUGCCGUUCAACUUAUCUGAGUAGCGUUUGGUGUGUGCAGGUUUUAUAUCCUGCCAGUGUACUGCACUAAUUGACAGUUGUGUUCUGCUACAUCCAGAGUGCUCCUAUGCUGGUAUGGGAUUUGAUGGGAAGAGUAGGCUGCAUGGGAAGUUUGGUUUUUGCACAUUCCAUUGUGAUUUAUGGUGUUUGUUUCCUUUCUGCCAGCACUUUCGAUGGCAUAGGAUUUGCCAGGUUGUAAAGGCAUUGCCAGUGGCUGAUGGGGUUUGGAUGUGGGUGAACUGUGUCUGUCCCGAACCACCUCCAUUCCUCAAUCAAUCAGCACCUAGCCUGUGGGCUUUUCACCAGGUUAAUUACCAGCAGUUGUAUCUUCUGCCCUCUCUGGUCUCCAUGGGCGAGGAGACAUGUUUCUGACAGCUUGGGCCCUCUCCACCAGUGCUGGCUCCUGGCCCUGCAUCAUCCUGACCACUUCCAGCCAGCAGAUCUAGGGAAUGCAUGAUUUUAGAGUCUACAUUGUCAGCUUGCUAAUUGCAUUAAUGACUGGUGCAUUUAUGCUCUAGGCCAGGGGUGGCCACUCUGUGGCUCUCCAGAUGCUGCUGAACUACAGCUCCCAUCAGUCUCAGCCAACACAGCUCAUGGUCAGGGAUAAUGGGAGCUGUAGUCCAGCAGCAUCUGGAGAGCCACAGAGUGGCCAACCCUGCUCUAGGCCCUUUCCACAAGCCCUUUCCCUCAUGGGUUAUAUGGGCUGAAUACCAGUCACAAGAUCUAUAUCACAUGUAAGAUGGGUAUACUCAGCAUUUCACUAGCUUAGAAGAGAUAUUUCUGCUUGGGUCAAAUCACAGAAAUACAUUUUAAGGCUGCAAUUUCAUACUCACCUGAGAAUGUCCCAUUGAACUCAGUUGGGCUUACUUCUGAGUAAACAUGUUUCAGAUUACAUUGUAAACCAUUCUGAAUCACUUGUUAUUCAAUAAAAUCCAAAUACGUGACCCUCUUUAUAAGGCUGCCAACUAUAUAAAUAGUUGUUUUGAAAGGUAAGUCUAAAUUGUGUCACUGUUGCAAGUUGCACAGAAAACUAUACUACAUGUACAUGUACAUUGAAAUAGUUUGCACAAAUAAACUGGUUUCUUUCACUUUUACAAAUGCAGACUGUGAAAACCAAAUGGAUAAAUCUUUAUGUACAUUACUUAUUAACAUAUAGCAUGUUAAUUCUUUGCAUUGUCGUGGUUAUUUUUGUAGUUUCAACACUUCAAGAUCUACCAUGUGUUUGGUGGGCUAUCUUUUCUGUGUUCAGUUUCCUAGACAGUGAAAUUGUAGCCACACACCCCAAAACCUUGUACUUAGCAUUGUGAUUAUGAUAACUAUGGCACAACAAAAAUGCAGCUUUUCCAAUAUCGCUGGAAUAUAUAAUAAAGAUUUAUGUUUCA